GUGGGUGCCGCGGUCUGGGCCGGGCAGUGAGGCGCGGGCGGCCGGGCCGGUGGGCUGGGCGGCGGGCCCGGCGGCCGCCCUCGCGCCCUUGCCCGCGCCUGGCGGCCCGAUGUGGCUGCAGCAGGUGCUCAAGGGGCUGCCGGGACUGCUGUCGAGCAGCUGGGCCCGCCGCCUCCUCUGCCUGCUUGGCCUCCUACUGCUGCUUCUGUGGUUUGGGGGGUCCGGCGCGCAGCGGGCGGCGGGCGGCCUGCACCUGCUGCCCUGGUCCCGGGGUGAGCCGGGCGCCACCGAGCCGUCUGCCUGCCUGGAGGCGGCCACCCGCGCCUGGCGCGGCCUGCGGGAGCGCGGCGAGGCGGUACCGCUGGGCCCUGGAGUGCCGGCCCUGGUGGCCAACGGCUUCCUGGCCCUGGACGUGGCUGCCAAUCGGCUGUGGGUGACUCCCGGGGAGCGGGAGCCCGCUGUGGCGCCGGACUUUGUGCCCUUCGUGCAGCUGCGCCCGCUGAGCGCGCUGGCUGAAGCUGGAGAGGCGGUGCUGCUGCUGCGGGAGGGGCUGCUGCGCCGCGUGCGUUGCCUGCAGCUGGGGUCCCCAGGUCCUGGCCCCGUGGCCGCCGGCCCCGGGCCCGCCUCCGUCUCUGGCCUUGCCGCGGGGUCCGGCCGCGACUGCGUGCUGCUGCAAGAGGGCUUUCUGGCGCACAGGGGCCGACCCCACGUCUACCUGCAGCGCAUCCAGCUCAACAACCCCACGGAGCGCGUGACCGCGCUGCAGACUGUGGGGCCCACUGCCGGCCCAGCCCCCAAGGCCUUCACCAGUACCCUGGAGAAGGUCGGAGACCAUCAGUUCCUCCUCUACUCAGGCCGGUCCCCGCCUACGCCCACUGGGUUGGUGCACCUGGUGGUGGUGGCCGCCAAGAAGCUGGUGAACCGCCUCCAAGUGGCUCCCAAGAUGCAGCUGGAUGAGACGGUGCUGUGGGUGGUGCACGUCUCUGGCCCCAUUAACCCCCAGGUGCCCAAAAGCAAAGCAGCCAAGGAGCUCAAGGCGCUGCAGGACUUGGCACGGAAGGAAAUGCUGGAGCUCUUGGAGAUGCCAGCGGCGGAGCUGCUUCAAGACCACCAGCUCCUCUGGGCUCAGCUCUUCAGCCCAGGAGUGGAAAUGAAGAAGAUCACUGACACCCACAGGCCGUCUGGCCUCACCGUGAACCUGACGCUCUAUUACAUGCUCUCCUGCUCGCCAGCCCCGCUGCUCAGCCCCUCCCUGAGCCACAGGGAGCGAGACCAGAUGGAGUCGACGCUCAACUAUGAAGAGCACUGCUUCAGCGGGCACGCCACCAUGCACGCCGAGAACCUGUGGCCGGGGCGGCUGUCCUCCGUCCAGCAGAUCCUGCAGCUCUCUGACCUGUGGAGGCUGACCCUCCAGAAGCGUGGCUGCAAGGGGCUGGUGAAGGUGGGUGCCCCAGGCAUCCUGCAGGGCAUGGUGCUCAGCUUCGGGGGGCUGCAGUUCACAGAGAACCACCUCCAGUUCCAGGCCGACCCCGACGUGCUGCAGAACAGCUAUGCAUUGCGUGGCAUCUGCUACAUGAACGACCAUAUCAACCUGGCCGUGCUGGCGGAUGCCGAGGGCAAGCCCUACCUACAUGAGUCCGUGGAGUCCGGUGGCCAGCCUGUCAAGAUCUAUGCCUGCAAGGCAGGCUGCCUGGACGAGCCAGUGGAGCUGACCUCGGCGCCCACAGGCCACACCUUCUCGGUCAUGGUGACACAGCCCAUCACGCCACUGCUCUACAUCUCCACCGACCUCACACACCUGCAGGACCUGCGGCACACGCUGCACCUCAAGGCCAUCCUGGCCCAUGAUGAGCACAUGGCUCAGCAGGACCCCGGGCUGCCCUUCCUCUUCUGGUUCAGCUUGGCCUCCCUCAUCACCCUCUUCCACCUCUUCCUCUUCAAGCUCAUCUACAAUGAGUACUGUGGGCCUGGAGCCAAGCCCCUCUUCAGGAGUAAGGAAGAUCCCAGUGUCUGAGUGAACUAACAGUCCUGCUUUCAGCCACCAUUUGCACAAGACACCCAGCACUGAAAGUCCCGCUGCCAGGAGCAAGGGAUCCUUUGGAAGCACCCGCCCUUUGUGCCUUGUUGGGGGAAACCAGUGACACAGAAGUGA